AGGAGACGGUGAUAGCCAUCCCGCGGGGCAAGCCCAAGUCGGGACGGGUGUGGAAGGAUCCCGGGAAGAAGAGGUUCUCACACAUGAUCCAGGACAAGGCGCUCCGCACUUCCUGGGCACGGAAAAUGAAGGAGAGGCAGGAGAGGAAGCUGGUCCAGGAUCUGGCGAGGCAGCUGGAGGAAGCAAAGCAGAGGGAGAAAGAGGAAAAGAAGCGGCGGAGGGAGGAAAACCUGAAGCGGCGCCUGGAAAACGAGCAGAAAGCCGAGAUUGUCCAAGUGAUCCGGAACCCCCUGAAGCUCAAGAGGGCCAAGAAGAAGCAGCUGAGGCGGGUGGAAAAGCGGGAUACACUGGCCAUGAUCCAGAAGACACCUGUGAGGCGCAGCAAAGCCACGGAAUGAGCCGGGAUUCCUACAGAUCCUACUCCUUUCCAGGGGUUUUUCCUCAGCUUACAGGCAGGAAUCACUGCCAGGACACUCAGUGUUGGACACACAACAGGACAGAGCUGAGGGGGUGUAUUCCACAGGAAUCAGCUGCUGGAUCACCCAAUCCCUGUGGAAUCAGGAUGUGGCCCGUGCCAGAGGCUGGAACAGAACUUUGCUUUCCCAAAGUUGCCUUUUCCUUAUAAAAAUGAAUAGGAACUGAGACA